CGGGUUUCCGAUACUGACGACAAACAUGACGGCAGCAGCAGACGGAUCGUCGUCCGACAUGGAUGCGUACUUGAGAGGGCGCAUCAAGGGUGCUUUCGACAUGUUCGACAAGGAUCGCAAGGGAUGCGUGAUUCAGGAGGAAGUGAGCACGAUCAUGCGGUACUUGGGGGCGUAUCCGAGUGAGAAAGACAUCAUCAAGAAGAUUCUGCCCGAAAUGCAAGAGGACGAGCCGUCCACAUUUGUCACGUACGACCGAUUUGAGAAGAAAAUGCUCGAAGUGCUGUACAGCCACGAGUACGAGCCAGACACGGACGAAACGUUGCUGGUCGCGUUUCGGGUGCUGGAUCCUGAAAAGAAGGGGUAUAUUGACGCGGACGUGAUGAAGGAUUUGCUCGUCACCAAGGGCACGCCAUUCCGCGAAAAGGAGCUCGAAGGGUUUAUGCAUGUUGCCAAGGAUGGCGAAACCGGGCGUGUGUACUACGAAGACUACAUCUCACUGCUCACCCACGACGUUGACGAUGCAAAUAACAAGUAAAUCCAACAACACGGGUUUGUGUUGGGGACGAGAUAACGUUAAAUAUACUGUCUGGUCCAGUUGUCACAGGGCGACUGUCACGCGCUUGACGUGACUGCGCCCUGCUUGGCAGUGGCCCGUUGUCCUCUGGUACUCAUGGUGAUGCCUUGACGUGGUUUCCAACACGUCUGGUUGCGUUUGCUUCUUUGUCAAGUCAAUCUUGACUCGUGCGACGGAGGGCACUGCAGCUGUGUGGCAUUGCGUUUGUCCUGAUGUUGAGGUUCUAAAGUUGACAGGUUGACGAGGCGCCACCUUGACCGUUCCAACGUCCUUCGUGACAGUCGUAACUGGUCGUGGUGGUGGCACCCCCGCGGGGGGCUUGACGUUAGCCGUAUCCCGCGUGCGAUAGCUUAAGCUAAGCUUGUCGUUGAUGGCCUUUUCCGCAGUCUCGUGCAAGUACAACCUGGAUUCCCCCCGUCCAAAGCCCUUGUCGUGGCCGUGUUCGUCGAACUUUAGCGCUAUCGUGUAGUCCUGGAUCGCGCGGGAGAAUUCGCCUUCCGUGUUGUAGCACCCCGCG